AUGCCCGGCUCCCACUCCGAAGCCGCAACAAUGGACGCCUCGUCUCUCAACUCCAGUCCCUCGCCGUCCGUCAGCGAAAAGGACCCCGUUGACUCCGCCGCCAUGCCCGUCGAAGAGGCCCAAGAGCCGCGCGAGAAGGCCGCCUCCGCUGGCGGCCCCGUCGAGCUCGCCACGCUUGAGAAAGCUGCCGACGACGCCACGCCCACCCAGGAAAACGAGGACGAGUAUCCCAAGUCGUUCAAGCUGGCCUUCAUCACCAUCGCCCUGUGUCUCUCUGUCCUGUGCAUGGCCCUGGACAACACCAUCAUCUCCACCGCCAUCCCACGCAUCACUGACCAGUUCAAAGCCCUUGACGAUGUCGGCUGGUAUGCCUCUAGCUAUCUGCUCACCACUUGCGCUUUCCAGCUCAUCUUCGGCAAACUGUACACCUUCUUCUCCAUCAAAUGGAUAUACCUGACCGCCCUGUUCAUCUUCGAGCUCGGUUCUUUCAUCUGCGGCAUUGCCCCGUCCUCGGAGGCCCUGAUCGUCGGCCGAGCCAUCGCAGGCGUCGGCUCCGCUGGUAUCUUCUCGGGUGCCAUCCUCAUCGUCAGCAAGACUGUCCCUCUGCGCCAGCGGCCCACCUACACCGGCCUCAUUGGUGCCAUGUAUGGAAUCUCCAGUAUUGCCGGCCCGCUGUUGGGAGGCGUUUUCACUGACAAAGUGACUUGGCGUUGGUGCUUCUACAUCAACCUCCCCUUCGGUCUCAUCACUGCAAUCUUCAUCUUCUUUUUCUUCAAGUCGCCCAAGAUUGUCAAGAACACCGCCUCCGGCUGGAAGGCCAAGCUCAACGAGUUCGACAUCUACGGAACCUUCGUUUUCAUUCCCGCCGUCGUGUCCCUGCUUCUCGCUCUCCAAUGGGGCGGUUCUCAGUACGCUUGGGGCAAUGCCCGGAUCAUUGCCCUUUUCGUGGUCUUCGGCAUCCUCAUCAGCAUCUUCAUCGGCAUCCAGUUCUGGAAGCAAGAGAGCGCCACGGUCCCGCCCCGCAUCUUCAAAGACCGAACCGUCUGGUCUGCCGCCGUUUUUAGCGCAUUCCUUGGCGCCGCCUUCUUCAUUAUGAUCUACUACAUCCCCAUUUGGUUCCAGGUCAUCAAAGGCGCCUCGGCUGUCAAGUCGGGCAUCAUGAAUCUUCCCAUGGUUCUCGGUCUUGUCAUCGUUAGCCUGAUCGCCGGCAUCCUCGUCUCGGUACUCGGUCACUACGUUCCCUUCAUGAUCCUGUCCUCCAUUUUCAUGUCCAUCGGCGCCGGUCUCCUGACCACCUUCGAGGUCGACACUGGGCACUCUAAGUGGAUCGGCUACCAGUUCAUCUUCGGCGCCGGUGUCGGCUUCGGAAUGCAGCAGACGCUCAUUGCCGUGCAAGCCGCCCUCCCCGCCGCCGACAUCCCUAUCGGCACCGCCAUCAUCAUGUUCUCGCAGACGCUGGGCGGUGCCCUGUUCGUCUCCGUCGGCCAGAACAUCUUUACGAACCAGCUGAUCAAGAACAUCUCGGCCGCCGUUCCCGAAGGCGGCGCUCAGCUGCAGGGCUUUGUCCUCUCCACCGGCGCCACGGAGCUGCGCAAAGCCAUCACGCGCGUCUUUCCGCAGUAUCUGGAUGGCUUGCUUAGUGCGUACAACGACGCGCUGACCGAGACCUUCUACGUCAGCGUCGCCAUGUCUGCGCUCAGCUUUGCGUUCGCCUUGUGCGUCAAGUGGGUCAGUGUGAAGGGGAAGAAGAUUGAAAUGGGCGCCGCUUGA